AUGGCAAGCUCCGAAAAGGCCACUUCACCGAAAGAUGAAGAGGUUAGUCGUGACUCCUUUGAUACUCCCACUGUUGGGCAACAGCAAGGUAAGAGCAAUUCUUCAUUCUUUGAGACUACCCCUUCAUCAAUUGGGAACAUCCUGACAAGGAACGCAGUAAAAUGGUACCGCUCAACUUUCUACAAUGCCCUCAUCCUGGGACUCUGCAAUCUUCUUGCCCCUGGUAUCUGGGGUGCCAUGAACUCCUUAGGUGGAGGAGGCGAGGAGAAACCGUAUCUUGUCAACGCCGCAAACGCCCUCACGUUCGCACUCAUGGUAGUCUCAUGCUUCUUUUCCAGCAUCUUCGUGCGAUUCAUUGGGAUUAAAUGGACUUUGAUUGUGGGAACAAUGGGGUACGCGCCAUACGCAGCGGGGCUAUAUGUGAACAACCGAUUCGGCGACCAAUGGCUGGUGCUCCUCGGUGCAGCACUGUGUGGUUUGUCGGCGGGUAUCUUCUGGGCGGCUGAAGCAGCUAUCGCACUCGCAUACCCUGAGCCCUAUAACCAAGGGCGAUUCUUGGGCUUCUGGCUCAGCUUUCGUGUUGGAGGACAGAUCCUCGGAGGUGCCAUUAGUUUGGGAAUCAAUGCUCAUCGUGCGACCGCGGGCAGUGUUUCAUAUGCUGUAUACCUCGUCUUCAUUGUGCUUCAGGCUUUAGGGCCCUUUGCUGGUUUGCUUUUGAAUAACCCGUCCCAAGUCCAGCGAAAGGAUGGUGUCCCCGUUCAACUUCAAGUCACCAAGGGUGUCGGGUAUGAAAUGCGGGCUAUGUUGAAGCUCUUCGUCAGUCGCAAGUUUCUCCUCGCUAUCCCGUUCAUCUGCCAGGCGGUCUACACGGAGGCUGUCAUGUUCUCAUACGAGGAUUUGUGGUUCUCGGUGCGCUCAAGAGCUCUGGGUUCCCUCUUGUCUGGUGUGGUUGCUUUGAUCAUUGGGAACCUGCUGGGUACAUUCCUUGACAACAAAUCGAUAUCACUGAAGACGCGAAGUCGGUCUGCAUUCAUUUUUGUUGUGGCUUGGCAAGGUAUGUGCUGGAUAUGGGCAUCGGUGGUAACUACAGAGUUCAACAAGAUGGGCCCUGUGUAUGACUGGGUCGACCCUGGCUUCGGAAGGGCCUUUGCUCUUUUCAUUUUCUGGGUUGCUGGGUUUCAACUCAAUUACAUGUACCUAUUCUUCCUCGUCGGAAACCUGGCCGAUGAUCAUGAGGAAGUUGUUCGAAUUGCGGGCUUACUGCGAGGGACCGAGUCUGCCGCCCAGUGUGUUAGCUACGGCCUCAGCAGCGUAUCUAUUAUGGCUUCCGUCGGAAGCGUUUAUCUCAACUUUGGCCUCUGGGCAAUCGCUAUUCUGCCAGCGUGGCUCAUUGUUCGACAAAUCGGGCAUGCAUUCGGGGAUAAAAAGAUUGACAGGGAGACUCGUGCCUUGCGGGAUGCUUCUGACAAUGAGUAA